AUGGUUGUUUCACCACUUGGUUCACCCUCUCUGUCAAUGGUUCAAAGCUCCGGCCGGGCGGGACUGGCGCCACCGCUUCCAAAGCCCCAGGUGGCUGUGACCAGCACAUCGCCACACAUCUUCCGACCUCACUCCACUUGGGCCGUCAGUCGCCACCCCAGUGACAAGUUCACCCCGCAUGAAGGCUUAACUCAGAGAGUGACUUGCGUAUCCAUACAGAAAGGAAAAGGUGACCCCGACAAGGAUAUAGGGGUAUGA